UCUAGGUUGGCUGUAAAUGGCGUUGUAUAUUCACAAGUCCUUGAGUUAAACUGCGUUACAGCAGACUGCGGGGGCAUCUUCCUACCGUCUGGGGGUCAGAGAAUGCGUGUUUACUUCCCAGUGAACAUGUGUUCAACCAUCAUUCUCCCGCCUCCUGUGAAUUCAGUAGGUUACUGUUGAUGAAACAAAGGUUGUAUGGUAACUGAGCAGUUAGGGUAACUGCGCAGUUAGCGGGCUCCGUGAUUGGGUGUUUGAGCCGCAACACAACCAGAGGAUCGUUAUCAAGUCGUAGUGCGUAUUAAUACACAGCGAAGUGACAAUCGAUGUACUUCUGCCAAUUCUGCAGAUUGACUUGCACAACGAAAGAGAACAGUCAAGGAAAGCGCUGAACUUAUCGUGUAUUAGAAGUGUUGCACCAUAUUGUACAAAGUUUGGAACUUAUUGGACAAACUUUAAGUGAAAUUUACUUGGAAACGGGACUGUCAAAAUGGAAUGUAUGAACCGUUUUCAAGUUUUGUGCUAUGAACAAGUUGAACGACUGAAUAAAGUCAUGGAAGAUGUUAUUCCAAUACAUGGUCGCGGGAAUUUUCCCACACUGGACGUCAAGCUCAAAGAUUUGGUCCAGGUUGUGAGAGACAAAUUGAAGGCAGAAGGGGUAUGUGUUCGAGAUAUUCGCUUGAAUGGGGGUGCAGCAAGCUAUAUUUUCGGAACGGACUCGGUCCGUUCUUACAAUGAUGUGGAUUUGAUAUUUGGUGUUGAUCUCUCGAAUGGUUCAAAUCAUGCCGAGCUUCAGAAAAUCAAGAACUGUGUUCUUGGGUGCCUAAUUGACUUUCUACCAGACGGAGUGAACAAAGAGAAAAUGAGCAGCUGCAGUUUAAAAGAAGCAUAUGUGCAGAAAAUGGUUAAAGUUUGCAAUGAGCAUGGCGACAAAUGGAGCUUGAUCUCUCUUUCUAACAACAAGGGAAAAAAUGUGGAAUUGAAGUUUGUGGAUAAAAUGAAAAGACAGUUUGAAUUCAGUGUUGAUUCCUUCCAAAUUAUUCUGGAUAGCUUGUUGACUUUCUAUGAUAUUUCUUCUGCCCCAAUGAGUGAGCGGUUUUAUCCAACAGUUGUUGCAGAGAGCAUGUAUGGAGAUUUCUUGGAGGCAUGGCAUCAUUUGGACAAUAAGCUGAUUGCGACUAGAAAUCCAGAGGAAAUCCGAGGUGGUGGCCUGUUGAAAUAUUGUUGUCUUCUCACAAGGGGAUACAACCCAGCAGAAAAUGUGGACAUUCGUGCAAUGGAACGAUACAUGUGUUCGAGAUUCUUCAUCGACUUCAGUGAUAUUAAUCAGCAACGCCAAAAGCUGGACUCGUACCUUAACAAUCAUUUCAGCGAUGAAGAGGAUUUGAAACAUGAAUAUUUGCUGACAUUGUACCGUGUUGUGGAUGAAAGCACAAUCUGCCUUAUGGGCCAUGAGCGUAGACAAACUCUGAACCUGAUUCACCAGCUAGCCUGCCAAGUUUACAUGGAGCAGGAGCGUCGUGCUCAAAACAAAAUGCUUGAGAUGCAGCAAUUUGACCAGUUGAACAAUCUGACCAUAGACCAAGUGUUUUUCCAUGGUCCGUUUUCAGUCUCCAAUGGCACUCAGUAUUACAACCUUAUGCCCAAUGUGUUUCAGAUGAAUCAGUUGAAUGGCUCCUGUCCCCAUUGUCCACCACCACCACCAUUUCUUCAGUGCUCUUAAAUCGUAGAGGAGGGCAAACAAAAUAUUGAAAAAGUGUGCAGAAAAGAAGUGCUUUUUGUGAAAUUAUCCAAUUUCUGAAUGUGUAAAAGGGAGAAGAUGUAAAAGGUUAUGUAAGGAGCCUUAAUAUUGUUUAAGAAAUUUACUGUGAUCUUCAAAUCUUUAAUUUUUUUUUUUUUUAUCAGGGAUGUAUUUUCCAAUGAUCUUCAAGUAAAUGUGCAAAACUGUACUCAUUGUUUGCAUUAAGGAAUUAAUCUCAAAACAUAUAUGCAUGGUUUUUGUCUUCACCACCUGUAGGUUAAUACCUGGUAGAAUCACAAUAUGUUUAAAUCCAGUUGAUGUAUGUGUACAGAGCUAAACAGUGAUCAAGGACAUCUCAUGUAUACAUACUAGGAGUAUUGAAUUGAUGUGACUGUAGAAUGUAUUUUGUGAAAUCCGAGGUUUGAUAAAUUCUAAUCUAUUAGGCUGAUGCUGUUUAUCAUGUGUCAAUUUAUCCAUUAUUGGAAAAGCUUCAUUCAAAUUGAUAAUUUGAUUGAUAAUAGCAGGAAAAAAACAUCAUGACAUUCAUUGUUUAAAUGAAAGCCAUUUAUCAAUUCAUGCAUGUUCUAAUUUAAUGUAUUUAAAAAAAAGAGAGAUAUUUUUUUAUAAAUUCAGUGCUCAUACUUUUUCAUGAUUGCCUGAUUUGUGUUUUAAGUGUGAUUAUUUUCUGUGUGCCAAGAUCAAAUGUUAAAUAGACACGUAUAGAAAGUGAAAUUGUGCACUGCACAGCAUAACGUGUAGGAAAGAAUAAGGCAGCAAUUUUCCAAAGCAUAGGUAUGUAGUAGCAAUGAUACAUUUAUAUCAUCUCUAACAGUUCACCCCUUACCGACAUUGCCAAACAGCUGAUAUCAGUUACAUCUCUGUCAAGGGGGAGGGGGGGGGGGGGGGGGGAGUUCUUCAUAUCAUUGGUGUACAUGAAUACUUGUGCUUAAUAAAUGCAAAUGAGACAAAAAGGUAACUGAAAAUACUAAUUCAUAUAUAUAUAUAUAUAUAUAUAUAUAUAUAUACACACACUAGGCAGAGAAGGUGAGCAUUUUUUCCAUGUUGAAUAAUUUUAAUCGAAGAACAAGAGUAAAUGAAUGAUAAAGAGACAUGAGUGUUGAUGGACAUACAACAACGCGUGAACUGUUUUCCCUGAUUGCUUUGUUUUUGACCAUGUUGAAAUUCUUGCAAUUUUGUGUUAUAUAUAUAUAUAUAUAUACAACUUUGUUAUUGUUGAAAAUUGAUUACCAUGACAUUUUUUUUUUUUUUUUUUUUUUUGUUAAUGUAUUUUGAAUAUUUCUAAUUUUCUUAUUGUAAAUAUGUUAUAUUGAAAACUACAACUAAUUCUGAAAAUAUUGGGACCAGAUUUUAGAUAUCACAAAAAUUUUAGAUGACUGUAACUAAUGUUAUAGUAACUGUAUGAUAUUAAAAUGUUAAGCAUGUCAAUGAUGAAACCUCCCAAGAUCCUCAUUUAAAUAGACAGUUUCUAGAAUUUAUGACCAAAUAUGGAAUAUUGGUCAAUCUGCUUAAUCAGAAAUAAAACUGGGGGGGGGGGGGGGGGGGGCUUGGGUUUCUCUUAAGCAAAGUGUUACUUGGUAGUGAAUGGUCUUUCAAGAAUAUCAUGGGGUGGGGAGUUAAAAUUAUUUUGUAAAAUGAAUUUAAUUGAUCUUAUCAGUGAAUGAGGGGAAACUGUGGCAUGUAUUUGUUCAACAUACAAACUUGUGUAUUCAUCGUCAUCGCCACAGAGAAAUAAAGUAUUGGGCAUCAGAAACACAUUAAGGCUUACCAAAGAUAUGCUAUGUAUUCUGUUUAUAAUUGAAAUUCGUCAUUUAUUUAAACUGUGUAUAAUUUAUUGUUAAAUGUUUUUCAUUAACAAGGAUGGGGCAUCAGUUUUUUAAGCAGAGUUCACUAUUCACUGUCAAGUGAGCUACAUGCAUUGUAUUCUGUCAUACUGUUAUGAAUUUUCCUUAUCGUAUUGUUAAAAAAAGAUUUCAGUUAAUGAAAUGCCUGCAUAAUUUAAUAAAUUAGGAUGUACAACUGUCGUAAUUUGUUAUCUAUUCUAAAGGAAAUAAAUAUGUGGUGAGAGUUGACCUACAUUUUUUAUCUUUAAAUAAUUUAGGGUAUAUUCUUCAGUUAAGAGUCAGGUAUUUUUUUUAUAUUUUUUUUUUUGUAGUCAAAGGUUUAACAAAACAGCAAUAUAUCCUCUCUUUUUUUUAUUAAUUGUAUAUAUUUUUUUCUCUGUAUUAAUUCUCUCUGUUCUUUAAUAUAUAUAUAUAUAUCUGUGAUUGAAAAUAGGGAGUCAUUGGUUAGCACAUCAUUCACUAUUACAGAAAAAAAAGGUCUCGUAUGGCUACUGUGUAUUGCCAGCUGUUUUGUCAGUGAACAGAAAUAAAUUCUGGCAGUUUAUUUCCAUAGGGAUGGUUUGACAGUGUUAACACUUCAACAGGGGCCUGAAGCAUCCAUCAAGUCUGACAGCCCUAUAGCCUAGGGCCACUGGUUUUAGACCUGUUAUAAGCUGUGCUCUAGUGCAUUAUUCAAUUUAAGUGUAAUCCCUAAUUCUGUGUAAAGGAAUGCAGUAGUAAAUAUAAUAAAUGGUAACAUAAGUAACAGAUUAUUUCUUUAAGGUGCCCAAAAAAUCUGUACAGGUGACCAUACCAUUAACGAUUUUUUUUUUUUUUUUUUUUUGAAGAGGGGGGGGGUCUUAAAUUGAUAAAACAGCACAGAAGAAUCUUUAUUUGGAGCACUUGUUACUGAUUAUCACAGACCAACCUGUUUAAUCUAUGGCAGGGUGCCAACAUUCAUGAUUAGCAAUAUAUAGUUCAGGUAGCCGACUUUUUUGGGAGACUGCGAAAAUUGUGAUAAUUUUUGAUUAUUUUAUAUCUUGUUUAGAAUUGAAUGUUGAUCUGUAUUCAAUCUUGUUUUGCCCCCAGAAGUUUUGCGCUCACGAAUUCUUGGUUUUUUCUUUUUCUGUCUCGGUUAUGUCUAACCACAGUAUUCUAGUCGAACAUCGUGUGAUGAUCAGUCGUAAUACAAAGCUUUCAUUCAGAAAAGACUUAAAAGUAUGUACAAAUGUACAUUAUGAGGUUGUGUACUGUACCCUGAGAAAUACUGCUGUGAGUAGAUUUUACCACAAAAUCUAUGGCUUUAUUAUUUGACUUUUUUUCUUCUAAAAAUGAAGUAAUAAAUCUUAAAAUUCAUUGAAAAUUCCCCAGGGUGGAGUACACACAAACACAUAUAUAUAUAUAUAUAUAUACAUAUAUAUUUUUUGUAUAUUGAUUAUCACAUGUGUAAUGAAUGCUACAAAGUGUAUGUGCUUGUCUGUUUCUAGAUCUUUAUGUAUACAAUGUCACAAUACAUUAUAUAUAUAUAUAUAUAUAUAUAUACACCUGUAUAUGUAUAUCAAUAUUAUAUAUAUAUUAUUAUUACUUGUUAACGACACUGAGUGUCCGUAUUGUAUCAUAUUAUCAUGGCUUCAGACACUGGAAAUGAAUGGUAAUUAUUGGCAAAUUCCAGUUAACAAAUAAAAUAUUUUUGAAAAUAC